ACAGGCGAGAGGCUGCCUGUUAUAAUGUUGCUGCGGUGACUUCAGUGCAUCACUCGUGCAGAGAGGAAGGAAACUGGCCGACAAACACACCGGUGGACCGGACACUUUCACGGCUGAGGAUGAAGAUAAAACCCGUCCUGUCAGAGACUAAACCAACGGCAGCUGCUAAUGAAAUCCAUAAAUCCUAAUAUGACAGGACGAGAGCGGGCUUAAACAAGAUCGCGGUUUGAAAAGUCUACACAUAGAGCAGAUGGGCGGGAGCUGAGACGUCAGGACGAUAAUAUCGGCUGAGAAAUCCACAGGUGUCGCCUCACUCUCCAGGGAUGGAGAUGACGGAGGAUUCGUGGGAAAACGUCAGCCUUGCCAGCCCCACGCAGGGACUCCCCCUGUUCCUGCUCAUGUUCAACAACAGCGAUCUGAAUUUGACGCUGUUCAAUGACACCAACUCCACUGGUGCCCCCAUCUCCUCGGGCCCCAGCGUGGCCGGGGUCCUCAUACCGCUGAUAUACAUAAUUGUGUGUGUCAUCGGCCUUGGUGGAAACACUCUAGUGAUACACAUUGUGCUGCACUACUCGAAGAUAGAGUCCGUCACCAACAUCUACAUCCUCAACCUAGCCAUCGCCGAUGAGCUCUUUAUGCUUGGUUUGCCUUUCCUAGCGGUGCAGAACACAAUGCAGUCGUGGCCAUUUGGCUCCUUCAUGUGCCGCCUGGUGAUGACCGUCGACUCCAUCAACCAGUUCACGAGCAUCUUCUGCCUGACAGUGAUGAGCAUUGACCGAUACCUCGCCGUAGUGCACCCCAUUCGCUCAUCAAAGUGGCGCCGACCUCGAGUGGCCAAAAUGGUGAAUGGCACCGUGUGGGCUCUGUCAUUUCUCGUCGUUUUACCUGUGGUGAUCUUUGCCAACAUCCAGAAGGGGGGUGGUACGUGUAACAUCGACUGGCCACAGCCGGCGAACAUCUGGAGCGCGGCUUUCAUCAUUUACACCUCUACUGUCGGAUUCUUCUGCCCUCUUCUUAUCAUCUGCCUGUGCUACUUGCUCAUCGUCUUUAAGAUCCGCAGCUCAGGAAAAAAGGUACAUGCCACCUCCACCAAGCGGAGGAAGUCGGAGAGAAAGGUGACGCGCAUGGUUGUGAUUGUCGUCGCCGUGUUUGUGUUCUGUUGGCUGCCAUUCUACGGCCUGAACAUCAUUAACCUGCUCGUUUCACUGCCCCCAGAGUACCAUGGGCUUUACUAUUUCGUUGUUGUGCUUGGCUACGCCAACAGCUGCGCCAACCCUAUUGUCUAUGGCUUUCUAUCGGACAACUUCAAGAGGGGUUUCAGGAAAGCCUUGUGCCGCUCCACGAGAAAAGUGGAGAAUCACGAGCCAAUGGAGCCCCAGCAGGAACAGAAGGAGGCCAGGUCAGCGCUCAAGCCCAGGGAGAGCCUGAGACGGGGGAUCAGACACGAGGAGGAAGAAGAAGAGGAAGAUGUCUCGGAAAUGACUGAGAUCUACAGAAUUGCCCAAAAUGGCAACAACGGCUUUCAGCCUGAGAGCACUCACCCGCUGUUGUCCGAUAAAUCAACGUCUCCUGGAGCAACGGAUCUGUCAACCCUGGACAGGAGGGGCAAAUCUGGGGAUGUGAAGGGAAAAGAUGCUACCAACGUUUCCACCCUCACUGUACCUUUACUUCUCAACGGAAACAAAAAUGGCAGCGUUAAACCUUUGCCAGAGGACAACUUGGAACAGAGCGCUUCACUGGAAAUAAGCUACUUAUAGUGUAAAAUAAGGGCCGUAUAUAACAGUAUUAAGACACAGUUUGUAUAAAAGAAUACACACUACUGUUUAUUAUGUAAACUUUGGAAACACUAAGAAGCAGCUAGUGUUUGAGGAUUUAAUGGACUCCAUUAACAUGUGAAAGACUAGAGGUUUUAACAAGAUACAGAGAGUAUCCCUGUUUAUAUUGUGUACAUAUGCAUGAAUGUGAAUGUAAAAAGUUGUGCCUUUAUCACUUCUACUACUACCAAGUUGUUUUCAAAUGUAAUUUGUUGGUCCCUGUACUUGUAGCCUUUUAAUUCCAUAAUUGUGACAAGAUUCUGCUGAAAUUUAAAAGUUUUAAAGCUCAUGUCAACUGAGAUCAUCUCAAGAUUAGCUGACAUGGCUAACACUUUAUUUAUAAUAAAAAUCACAUGUUUGCAGUCCAAACUUUUAUUGAUUAUGAUUAUAGGGAACAUAGGUAUUAAUGUUGAUGUUGAUAACAUUGUGUUUGUAAUUGGAAAGAAGCUUGUGAAGGAUGAUGGUUGUAUAAAGUGUUGGUGAGGUUGUGGUAGCUUUAGCCCCAUUGGGCGUAUGACACUAACAUUUUCAUUAUCUUAUUCUAAAUUUCUUCUGAAGAAUUUUUGGUUGGAUUUUUCCAAAUCACCAAACUCUCUUAAAAGGACUUGAUUAUUUUGUUUCAGCCCAAUAAACGAGAUUCCAUAACACAAAACACGAUUAACAGUGCAAACAAUGCCACAUAAGCUGUUUGUGGGAAAAAUGUAUUCACAGCUAAAGGGCAAAAAGUCUUUAUCUUUUUAGGCAUAGACUUUUUCGUGCAUGGGACCAAAUGUUUCCUUAUUAUGUAAAUGAAAAUUAUAAUUUAGUUUAAAAAAACAUAAUUUCUAAAAGACGGGUGUACAGUCCAUGCCUUCACUUGAUACAGAGUUCUCUUUAAUUAAUAGAAGCUUUUAUGUUAAUGGCUGACAUCCAGACGCUGAUCAUGAUUUUAAUUAAACUGUUGUUGCUGAAACUGUGGUGAAGGAUUGGUUUGCAUAAUAAUAGAUUAGCGCUCAUCUUGUAGCACAUUUUAUAACCUCGGGCAAUAAAUUACUUUGUUCUGAUUACAGAUUACAUGAAAUGAAAAACACAUGGGAUCGAAAACAUUUUGCAUUUAAAAUUCUGUUGAUUCUAAAAAACAACUUAUAUAUUAUAUUAGGUACUACUAGGGUUGCAAAAUUUCGGGAAUUUUCAAAGAAGGAAACUUCCCAUGGGAAUAAACGGGAAUUUAUGGGAAUAAACGGGAAAUUUUCAAAAUUGAAGGUUGGGUCAUCAUAGGAAACUUAAAUAUAGUUGGGGAAAGUAUAUUUUAGCAUAAUUUUGACUAAAACAAACAGAUGCCAUUCAAGUAUAUCCAUGCCAUUCCUCAAUCACAUGCACAUAGCACACUGCUUACUGCAUGGCUAUUGAGACCACACCCAGAUUCACUUGUAAUGUUUUUUUAAUUGACCUAACUUUAUUUAAGAAAAACACUUCAGAGAACCAAAAUGCUUCAUUUUAUUAUUUAAAAAGGUUGAGGUGACAUGUAUAAUUUUAUAUUCUCAGAUUUUUGGGACAUUUUUUUUUAUUUUUCAAGUUUUAUUUAGUAUUGUUUUGUCCCAGCACUUUACCUGAAUUUUCUGAGUUCAUGUUAUUCUGUCCUUGUUCUCCACUCAACUCCACUCUAAUUAAAUAAUAUGUAUAAUUAAAGGUUAAGAUACAGUGUUAAUGAUCCUCUCAGGUACAUUUAUCUACCAUGCACAUAUAAAGUCCUUAAAAAAGCUCCACUUUUUCCAGCUGCGACUUUAAAGUGAAGAGCUAAUAACAGUUGGUACUAUCCAAUACUAAACUGAAACAGGCCAAGCUGCAUGAUGAGUGCUUUUACUUUUGGUGCUUAAAUCAUAUUAUGAUGAUUAUACCUGCAUAUUUUUACACUGCUUUAAUGCUCCUUUUACUUAUUUAGUCAAAGUUAUCCAUCAUCCACCAAUUUUGGCACAUUUCACAGUGUACAUUUACUUUCCAACGAUACAGGUUUCCAAAAAAGAUAUUAUACU